UCUCGCCACUCAACACUUCUAGUACUCUCUACUAGUGCUAGCAUUGAUGCGAGAAAACGCAAACCAAACGCACAGGCUGCGAAGUGUUGGCGCGAACAUUCUUGCGGUUUGCAUCACGUCGUUCGACUGGUAGGUGUUCUGUGGUUCGACUAUCACGACGCUAUCACAGAACAUGGACGCGGUGCACGAAACGGAGAACCGGCCAUUCAUCGGGGAGGUGAUGUCACCGGCAGAGUUCAAAAGGAAUUGGAACGAUGCUUUGAAAAACGACCAGCAGGCCGACGAUCCGACCUUACGAGAAGCUCUCAUGAAAGCUCUGAAUGUCCCAGAAGCUGUGUUGAAAACUCUAGAGGAAGACUGCAGCCCAUCUACUCUGAGCUGUGGAGAAGAAAGCAUGGAUAUAGAAAAGCUCCCCGACUACGACGGUCUUGUUACCUUGAGGCUGCAAAAAGAGGACAUUGAGAAGCGAGAAGCUGACGAAGCAUAUCGUUUGAAGACGUCUCAACACUUUCGCAAAGUUUGCUUCCUUUCAAAAGUGAACUGCACGAAGCGCGGAGAUCCCUGGAAUGCCCAAGAAGACGACGACCCUGUGCCUAGCAACGAGGUAGUACUGAUAGUACAGGUCUUCAAGCCCAUCAAAAUGCCUGUAGUAUUGAAGAAAGUGCGCUUGGGUGCUCAAAACUUUUCUUUCAAGAUCCAAGCUGAGUUGGCAAUGCUCGGCUGCCAGACAUUGCGCACCUUGCGUGAGAAAAUUUCUUGCGUGUCAGACGCUGUAAUUGUUGGAGACUUCAGCGAUGACCCCGACAGAACUUCAGACCAACAAGCUAGUGACCUAUACAAGUCAGCGUUCUUCUACAUAGGGAACACAUUCUACAAUGACAUGAGUGACCCAUCGUGCAGAGACUACAGCGAAGUAAUAAUAGAAUGGGCGAAAGAUCCCAAACGAGAAAUUGGCCCCUUUAACGUCGCAGACAUGGCAGACACCAAACUUGUAGACCUGAACCUCCGUCUGGGAUACCCUUAUGUCUACGUUCACCAGGGAUACUGUGAGCACCUGGUGGUCUUCUCUGACAUGAGGAUGCACCAUCCGCACGACAGCCAGUGCUUGGCGGACUACCCAGUGGCACUGCAAGCAUUUCCACGUGGCAAGAGCGUGUUCUGCAUGAUGUGCCACAAGAAGAUUGCCACGUGGGUGACCUACGAGAAUGAACGUGUCACCAGUGACCCGUACUUCUUCUGUGAUGGCUGUUUUCGGUCGUACAACUACACUGCCGACAAUCAGAAGAUAGGCAAUUUUCGAGCGACUCAUUUUUUGGACUGGAACAAUGUACUGUAGUGUGUAUGUAUAACAGAUUAAUUUAUUGCAAUAAUAAAGUGUGUAACCAAUGAG